AUGUCAUCAAAGCUCCCGACCCUACUUUUUGUCCCUGGAAGUUGGCUGAGCACCGAUAUCUACCGAGACACGGCUGUUCAGCUGCCUGAGUACCGUUCUGUGGUGAUAGACCAGCCGACAAAUAAAAUGCGUCCUGCCUCCGUCGAUAUGCAUGAGGAUAUCGAGCACACUCGUACGGCCAUCGAGAACGAACUACAAUCAGGUAAUGAUGUGGUUAUCAUUGCGCACUCCGCGGGCGGCCUCAUUGGAUGUCUGGCUGCUCAGAGCUUGAGCAAGGCACAGCGGUUGGCUGCGGGCUACUCCACGGGCGUUGUCGGAUACAUUGGCGUGGCCUCCAUUCUGCCUCAUCUGGGAAAGACGAUCAUGGAUAUGAAUGCAGAAUUCUGGGUGGCGAAACAGAAUGCCCUUGCAGCGGAGUUAGGUCCGCCGACCAGGACGUUUGAUCAGAUUGCAGCCGCAUAUAAAUUCAAUGAGGACUAUACAGUGGAUGUAUUAGAGCCUGAGUACCUCUUCUACAACGAUCUACCGGCGGAAGAGGCCAAGCCUUGGAUAGCCAAACACGAGACUCAGUCUGGCACGAUGUACAACCUCAAGACUCUGGAAAAUCCAAUUACGGACCAGGUUCCGUCGUACUAUAUUUUUGCCAUGCGAGACAACGCAAUCCCUGGAUGUAUUCAGGACGAGUACGCACUGCAAACAGUAGCGGGGAAUCGGGAGAACAUCUUUAAGCUUGAUUCAGACCAUAUUCCUCAUCUGUCGCAUCCGAAGGAAUUGGAAGACUUGCUAAGGAAAGCCCUUGAGAGGAUCAUUGGGUCUUCAUUGAAUUAA